UGUUGGCAAGUGUGCACUUUUCAGGCCUCGGAGUGUCUCCCCUUUCGAGGUCCUAACGCCUCCUUGCUGUCUUUCCCGUAUGCGUUCAGAGGAUUUGUUCCAAGAACUUCAUGAGAGCAAUCCCAGCUCAGCCCCUGCAGGAGUGGUCUGGAGUAGAUUUCUUUGCAGGAAAUCUCCAACAUCCUGAAGCCCCUCUUACUGUUACUGUAUAUUAUGGUCCUGGCCAGCUGACGAACGGAGCCUCAGUCUGUACAAGAUGUCAAGCCGGCUGAAACCAUUCUCUUUUAAAUUCCUUCACCUCUUACUCACCCUUUCCUACACAAGCAAUGCCAUGCCGUCACCCAGAGAGGAAGGUGUCAUCUUGCACAGCAAUUUGGAAAUACAUAGACAGUCAAACUUUAAGAAUCAGCUGGACUCUUAUGAAACAACUGUCCCUUUUGUCUUAAAUGGAGAAAAGUAUAUACCGCUUAAUGACCUACACUUAAAGAUCCACCCGGCAGUGCUGAAUAUCCUAAUGGAAGUUGAAGGAGAACAGCUUGUUAUCUCCUUGGAGAGAAAUGAAGGCCUUUUUGCAAGCAGCUACACUGAAACACAUUAUUCAGAUGGUGGCAGUGCUACUACUUCUACAAAGAACUACACGGGUCACUGCUAUUAUCAUGGAAAUGUACAAGGGUAUCCGAACUCUGCUGUGACCCUCAGUACAUGCUCUGGCCUCAGGGGAUUCAUUUCUUUCAAAAAUAAAAUGUAUUUCUUAGAGCCAUCGGAAGGGGCUAAAUCUAUUGUGCACUUGAUCUACAGAACUGAAAAACUGCAGGCUGUUCCAGGUUCUUGUGGUCAUAGUUUCAACAUCUCAGGCUUUACUUUAAAUGGUGCUAUUGGGUCUUUCCAUGACGUCAAGACAAGGUACAAGAGGGCAGCUAUCAAGACUACAAAAUAUGUGGAGUUAGUUAUUGUGGCAGACAACCGUGAGUUUCAGAGACAAGGAAAAGAUGUAGAAAAAGUGAAACAAAGAUUGAUAGAGAUUGCGAACUAUGUAGAUAAGUUUUAUAGGUCUCUAAACAUCCGAGUGGCUCUUGUUGGCGUGGAAGUAUGGAACGAUGCUGAUAAGUGUUCCAUAACACAAGACCCCUUUUUGAGUCUUCAUGAAUUCCUGGACUGGCGAAAACUUGAACUUUUGCCUCGAAAACCUCAUGAUAAUGCACAGCUAGUGAGUGGAGUGUACUUCCAAGGAACGACCAUUGGCAUGGCGCCCAUUAUGAGUAUGUGCACCGCAGAGCAGUCUGGGGGUGUUGUUAUGGAUCAUUCUGAGAAUGCACUUGGUGCAGCUGUUACCAUGGCACAUGAGCUGGGUCAUAAUUUGGGAAUGAACCAUGACACACCAGAAAGGAGCUGUGAUUGUAGGAUGUCACCAGACAAAGGAGGAUGCAUCAUGACCCCUUCAACUGGUGUUCCAUUUCCAACUGUAUUCAGCAGCUGUAGUAGAAGAGACCUGGAUAUCAGCCUGGAAAAGGGAAUGGGCAUGUGUCUCUUUAAUGUGCCAGAAGUGACAGUACUAAUAGGAGAAAGAAAAUGUGGAAAUGGCUAUGUCGAAGAAGGGGAGGAAUGUGACUGUGGAGAGCCAGAAGAAUGCAUGAACCCUUGCUGUAAUGCUAGUACCUGCACUCUGAAGUUAAACGCUGUUUGUGCACAUGGACUCUGCUGUGAGGACUGCAUGCUGAAGCCUGCUGGAAUCCUUUGUAGAGAUGUUAGUAAUGCCUGUGAUUUACCCGAGUUCUGCACUGGAACAAACCCACACUGUCCGGCUAAUGUUUACCUACAUGAUGGACAUCCCUGCCAUGAUGUAGAUGGGUACUGCUACAAUGGUAUGUGUCAGACCCAUGAGCAGCAGUGCAUUACUCUAUGGGGACAAGGAGCAAAGCCUGCACCUGAUAUCUGCUUUGAGAAAGUUAAUUCUGCUGGUGACCCUUACGGCAACUGUGGAAAGGAUUCUAAAGAUUCAUUUGCUAAAUGUGAACCAAGAGAUGCUAAGUGUGGAAAAAUACAAUGUCAGGGAGGAGCAAGCCGACCAGUAAUUGGUACCAAUGCAGUCUCUAUAGAAACCAACAUCCCUUUACAAGGAGGAGGAAAGAUUCUCUGUCGUGGUACACAUGUGUAUCUAGGAGAUGACCUGCCAGACCCCGGCCUUGUGCUGGCCGGCACGAAGUGUGAAGAAGAUAAAAUUUGCCUUAAUCGCCAGUGUCAAAAUGUCAGCGUUUUUGGGAUCUAUGACUGCACUGCAAAAUGCAAUGAGAGAGGGGUAUGCAACAAUAAGAAACACUGUCACUGUGAUGCAGACUGGGCCCCCCCAUACUGUGACAUAGCAGGUUUAGGAGGAAGUGUAGACAGUGGACCUGUAAGACUGGCAGAAAACAACAGCUUAACUGUAGCAGUACUGGUUCCUGCCAUAUGCCUCAUCACUGCUGUGCUAAUUAUUUGUUUCAAGAGGAAAACAGUCAUUAAACUGCUGUUUACAAAUAAAAAGACAACAAUGGAGAAGAUAAGGUCUGUAAGUCCAAAAAGACCAUCAUCUCCAAAUCAGACUAAUCUCAUCCAACACAAGACUUCCAUCAGUGUUAUAAGCAGCAAUCCUCAGAAUGUAAACUCUUUUAUGAAUUAUGAGACAAAAUGUUUGCCACGGCAUGAGCCAGAUCAUAUAAGUAAACCAAUCCAGACAUCACCAAGGAGAAAUGAAUCCCAUCAAUCAAUUACAUCCCAGUGGGUCUUACCAUCACUAAGUCAACUACAGCCUCAAAAGGGAGUGCCUUCCAAACCAUUGCCAAGGUGUCCUUCCAAUAAGCAAGCACACGAAACAUUUAAGCCAAGCCCUCCUCAGAAGCCUUUACCAGCAAAUCCCUUAAGCAGAUCUUCACGGUCUCAUGAUGCCUCAGAAAUAUCUCCUGAACAUCCUGUACAGGAAUAUCGUAUACAACCUGUCAGACCUGCACCUAAAUAUCCACCCCAACUGUCCAGAUGCAACAGCACUACAUACAGAAAAUAAAACAUUAGACAGAAGACCUGUCUAUAUAUGUAACUGGAUGUUUGCACUAUUAUAAACUCUCUUCAGAGUUUUUCUUUUGUUGUACCUAAAAUUGCAGUUACUGUUUUAAAUAUGACAUGUUUUGUUUUUAAUAUACUAAGAGACUCUGAGCUAUCACCUUUGGUUCUGUGCCUUGUUAUGGUGCUGUGUGUACAUGCUCAGGUACUAGUAAGUUAUUAAUUUAUGGUGUGUAUUUAUUACAAUGCAGUGCACUGUGGUAGACACUUUUGCCAUGGCUAUGUUCUAUGAUUUUUUAAACAAAAUAUUAUUAGUGAACUUGAAACAUUCUGUUUUACAAAAAUACAGCAGAGUGUCUAUUUUUGUGCUAUAAUUUUUGAAGCACUUGAACCAUUUUUUUUAUUUUGCCUGUAACACCUUACAACAACAAUAGGGUGUUGAUGUGUCUUGAAUUUUUGAUACUGUAAAUGGAGCAAAUCUAAAGAUCUUUUGAGCCAUCUUUUUCUAAUAGACAUUUGUAAUUUGUAUGGUUUUAAUGAACUGAAGGAAAUGCAAGUUACUUAACAUAGUAUUAUUCUUCAAUGUGAUUAUUACAGCCAGUAAAACUACUUUGUAUCUGGAAGGACUGCAAACUGAAUACAAAACAGUACCCCCCCCCCAACCUUCUUGUUUACAUCAACCAACUUUCAUCCAGUAGCUCCUACUAGUGAUGAGGUUAAUGAAUCUGACAAGUAAAUAUGCUUGCUUGUUAUUAGCACACGUGACUCAUUUAUUGGCUCGAAAGUAACUAAUUUCUAAUUUUUUUUUUUUGAAAAAGCCAGUGACAUAUGAGGCAGCUGUACUAUGUUUUAGGCAUUGGUGGUAUCAGAUACCACAUCCCUACUCUGUACCACUCUGCUUUACAUUAAGAAGUAAGGGAGCAGAACUAUGAAAAGUAUGUAUAAGGCACUGAAGAUAAUCAUAUCCUAAGAACUGUAUAGCAAACAAAAAUAUGAUAGUCCAGAUAUCAAGUAAAAUGAUUUCAUCUAAGUACAUGGCAUAAAAGGAUACAAAUCUGUCCUUCAAUUCAAGAAGUUAGCAAAAUAUAUAUUUGCUUCCUUCUAUCAUCUUCCUAGUUUACUGAACCUGUGAAAUAGACAAGGUAAAUGACUAGCUGACACAACAGCUUGUUUUUCAUAUGGUAAUGUUAGGGAAUUAAAUGGGCUGCUUAUCUGCUACAACAACAAGGUACCAGUAGCAACAGUGAAAAAAAAUGAAGGUAGCCAUCAAAUGAACUACGACUGAAUUUGCAGGUUAUGUAUAUGUAAACCAAAUAGCACUGAUAACAAAUAAUAAUCUUCAAAAUAGUUUGUAAAGUCUAUCUAAAGUAUGAGAUUGCUCUAUCAGUGUUUUGCAAGUUGACUGCAUGCUCACUGCACUCUGUAAUGUGGGGUGCUGCUUUUCUGCACAUCCAUAGAGUAAACACACCGACUCCGAGGUUUGCUUCCUUGGAUAUAAAACGGCUACAUGGUUUUGCAACAACACAAACUAUUCCCUUUACUUCACAAUGCAACAAUCUCAGUGUUAUGUGAUAUUUUUGAAUGGGGUAUGCAGUGAAAGCCCACAGAGGCACAGUCCCACAAACAAAAUAGAAUAAAACACAGCCAUAUUGAUUUCGGUGUUCCUAGCUUUGAAAACAAGUAUACAUUUUCAAUAUACUUAGCACAUUCCAAGUUUAUAGUAAAUACAUUUUAGUUCCUAUACAACCAUUAUUUAAAGAGUAUAGAAACUGUAAUAUUUAUGCUAAGGUAUGUUUCAAACAUAACUUUAUUCUCUUUACAGUGUUCAUUCCCAUGUUCUCCUGAGAUGCUGCUGACACACUAAUUAUCCAUUUGCCAUAUGGUAAUGUAAUUCUAAACAUUCCAGUACAAGAAGUGACAUUUUAAGUAAAGUUCUUAAUUUAAGCAUGCUGAUAUUUAGUUUCAGAAAUGAGAAUUAUAUUAGAAUAUGUCUGUUUUGCUUCUUGACUUUGUAUGUUGGCAAUACUGAAACUUCAGUGUUUCAGAUUUUAAGUUCUUCUUUCACUGUUAUGGGAGUUGCAUGCGGUGCCCUUCUGAAAGGUACCUGAAGUCAGAAUGAUAGGUUGGGGAUAAAGAACAAAAAUGUUCUUCUUACCAUUUAAAAUAUUCUACUCAAAUGUUUAACUAAAACUUUAUGGCGUUUGUACUGAUGUCUCACAGCUAUUGGUUCUUCAGUUAUGUUCCUGGUCAGGAGGCAUUAUAUUUGGAGUUUGCAUGUUCUUCCUGUUUCUGCAUGUGUAUUCCCUGGCUGCCUUGGUUUCCUCCCACAUCCCAAAAACAUGCAGUUAUAUAAAUUAGUGCCCCUUUAAUUGCCUGUCAAUAGGCAUAUGACAUGUGAGUAUGUGUACAUGAGUUCUGCAGAGAGUAAAAUGACCCAACAUGCCAUCUAGGACUUGCUCAAUGCCUUGCAUGGACUGCUUGUUUGGCUGUGCUCUCCCUAUGAGACCUUAAUAGGAUAAAGAGUAUAUGAGUCAAUGAACAUUUAUGCCAUUGUACAGCAGAAUACAUGUUCAAGUGACAGACUGCAUUAAGGUGACGAAACAAUGUACGUCUGGCAUUGGAUGAGAAGGAAAUUAACUGCUGAAUUAAGUGCAGUAGUUUUUUUUCAAUAUGACAUAUUUUACAUGUACAGAUUAGCACACAAAUAUUUUAUGCAUGGGCCCUUCUAACCUGCCACUGCACCAAAAUAGUCAUCCCUAUAAGUGUCUAUAUAGAAAAAUAAAUUAACUUCUGUUCUUUAUGCAGCCGAACUACAAACAAAACUAGUUUUUGUUGUUGUUUUUUACGUUAAUAUAACUGUUACAUUAUUUACUGUUUAUUCAUAUGGGUUCAUAGGUUAUUCUAGGCAAAUGACCACCAGCGUCUUAAAAAGACUAGCCAUGCAAUCCAACAUAGUUUUUUCCCAGAGUUCUUUGGAUGCCUAUUUGGUAGGGUAUGUUAGUAAAGUCGUAUCUACGAGUUAUAUGGGGGAGUAAUGUUAGUUGGGAUAAUUUAAUUAUAUAUACGCUAACACAUAUAUCUCCAAUGGAAAGUGACACCUGCUUGCACUGUUGUCUUCCACAAUGAUCUAAAGUAUAUGAAGCUUAUUGUCAUAACUUAUAUAAAGCUUCAAUAUAACAAGUGGAUUUGCAUUUUCCUUUUGCUGUCAUUUCCUAACCAUUGCUAGUACUGGGUAACCACAUAAUGUAUAUUGUUUAGUUUCUUCAUUUGGGACUGAAGCACUGAUUAAAACAAUGUUUAGCAACUGUAAUUGAAAAUCCCCAGAUCUGCAUAUAAAGUGUGCUAUUUGUAAUAAAAAUGCAUGGCGUAUGGAUUACUCAUAAAACAUGUUCUGCCAAUCAACUUUAACAGGGUGACAUCUCUAACAGUUAUGUGGAAUAGUAAGUUAUGGACAACCUGUAUGCCAUCAGAAAGUGUAUGCAUGUGCAAAUUUCCUUGUGAAUAUUUCCCAUGAUGAAGAUGAUGUGGUACUGUAUGUGAAAGGAAGAAGAGAGAAACAUUUUCAUACUAGUAGAUGUGUGCAGUCCCAUUUAUGUCCAAUACGUUUUACAAGACAGAUGACUGAUCUGAUGUAAUGUGUUACAAAGAACAACUUUCCCUUACUGGGUGAUAAGGUAACUUGCAGGAAUUUAGCUGUGAACAAAAUAAGUUCUGGAAUUACAAUUAACCCUAACUGUGGAAGUUAGGUAGUACUAAACCAUUUUCUGGGGAAAUAAAAAAAAACAGAAGUAACCACAAUGUAAAAUAUAACUAAAAAAAGUCCAAAAUAUACACUGUGAAGCAAUAGGAAACACUUUGUCAGCCAAACUCUUCAGUCCAAGCUGCUUUUAUUCUUCCAACAUAAAAAGACACAGACUGAGCGCUUUCAUUCCCUAAACGGGGAACUUCAUCAGAAUCUAACUGUACUCCAUAGUACAGCCUUUAAAUACGGUUAAAAAUGAGUGUCAUCACCCUUCACAAUCCUUUAAAGAUACAACUAUCUUAAUGCUCAAAUGAAAUGCACUACAAACACCUUUUAACACAAGAACAUUUUAACAAACAUUUAUAAAAAUGAACUUUUCAAAUUCCAAGACAUUCAUCAAAUGUAAACUUAAAAAUUGUUUAAGAUAAAAUAUCAACCACAUUUUAUCCAUUGACUUGCUUUAAAACAUAUAUAUACCGAGUAGUUGAAUCCCCCCCCACACACACACAGAUACACAGUACGUAUGAGGUAGCUUUCCUCACUAAUAUUGGUUUUAAGGCUACCAUUUCAUUAAGACCUGGUGCAUGGGUCACAGCUAGUUUUAUUUGCCACUUAAUUUCCCUUUCCUCUAUAUAAUUCCUGUAAUCUCCCCCUGUAGGAUUUGGUCUUACUCGCUCCACAACACCAAAUAAAAACUGAACAAAAUUUGCACAUACAAAUGAAUGCUUAUAUAGGGCAUUAUUUAUAUUUCCUGUGGCAAUCUGGUACUGGUGCUUGUAUAUUCUGUCCCUAAGAUGCCUUUCUGUCUUGUCUAUGUAGUAAGCUGGACAGGUUUUACAAGCUGCCAGAUAUAUCAACCCUGAUGUUUGACAAUUUCCUUUUUCAAAGAAAACUUUAGGCUUCAAAAUUUUUUGCAGGGUUACCGUAUUCGUAGCCUAUAUGAACUUGCAUUGUGCACAACCACCACAUCUUGUUGUACCACUAUUACCCACUACCUGACUUUUGUUAGUAAGUUCAAAUGCCCCUUUUAAAUUGAGCUCAGUUUUGUAUACAAAAGUGUGUUCCUUCCCAACAACUGAAAAUAUUCUAGGGUUAUUUUUAAGAAUGGGCCAAUUGUUCUCAAAUUUCUUUUUCACUUGUUUGACUUGUCCACAAAAAGGAAUAACCAUAGCCCUAAUAAAUUGUUUCUCCUCUUCCAAAUUUUCUUUUUCCUGAAGUACAUCACCUAACAGUGGUUUAUAUUUUUUACCCCACUCACUUUUGACAUAUUCUACAUUUUUCAACACUAUGUUAGCUGGCUAUCCUCUUUCAUAAAAUAGUUGUGCUACUUUUUGUAACUCUCUAUGUCUCCCUCAUCAGAAGUCAUACGGGCAGCUCUAACUAUUUGACCUUUGACUAUAUUAUUUUUUGAUGGGGGGGUGAUUACUAGUAUACUCUAAGUAGGAAUUACUAAAUGUGGGUUUUCUAUAAACAUUAGACUUAAAUCCUUUACUCAUAUUUUGUAUAAAUGUAUCCAAAUAAGUACUGCUUUCUACACUACUGGUGUAUGUGAACUUCAAAAAACUAGACGAAUUGUUCAAAAAUUCCACACAAAAUGAAUACAUCUUCCAAAAAAUGCAUGUACAUUUUAAUAUAUCUAAACCACUCACUAGGGAAAAUUGUAGUUUCUUUCCAUUCUAAAAGCACCAUAUUAGCAUAAAUGGGGGCGCAUGAUGCCCCCAUCUCUACACCCUUAUUCUGUUUAAAAUAUUCUCCCUCAUAGUAAAUAUAAUUAUAAUCUCUUACAAGUUCCAUAAAUUCAGAAAUCAAACUUAUUUUAUCAUCAGAAAAGUCUGUAUGUUUUUAAAUACUUUCUAAAAAGAGCUCCAUCCCGUCACUUUUUGGAAUGGAUGUGUAUAAGUCCAAUAUAUCCACCAUAAGAAAGGAAAUGUUUUCUUCCCAGAGAUUAUUUUUUAGCCUACCCAGGAAGUCCCAAGAAUCUUUCAAAAGGUGGUCUACCUCGUUGUAAACAUGUUUAAGCCACUUAUCUAGUACCACCCCAAAUGGGUAGGUUUUAGAACCCUGUCCUGCCAGUAUGGGCCUAAACUUAAGAUGUAAUCCCAAAAAUAGUGGUUGUCACUGGAUGUCUAACUUUCAAAACAUUUUAAAUCUCUGGUGAAAUUCUUUCAUCUAUCAAAUAUUCUUCCAAAUAGUCAAUGCGUCACGGUGCUAUAUUUCAUUAAGGAAGGCAUUACAAUAUGUUUCUGUCAUAAAGCAUCUCAAAUAUUUUGUGAGAAUAUUGCAAUGCUCCAUAUAACACUGUCCCCCCUCCCUUAUCUGGCAGCAUGACUGAUAGAAUGAUAAUUUCUCAUCUGUUUUAAUAAUUCUUGUUCUUUUUUGGUCAUAGUAUAUGACAUACUCUGACAUUUCUAGGAAAAUAUCAGGGAAAUAUCAGACUUUGCCCUGAGUUUUAAAGCAACCCAAACUAAACUCCAUUAAUGCAGUGUGAUCAGAAAUGGAAGCUUUCAUUUUUUUCACACUCUUUUGACAGGAGAUUGCCAGUUAGAGAGAAAUUCAAACUGAAAAAAAAAGCAAAACAAAACAAAAAAAAUUCUAUGGACCAAUAAAGGAGAGCACUUGGGCUCAGUAAUGUAAGCUUAGAGCUUUUGUUUUAUUUAAUAUAACACAGAACUUCUUCAGAAUGUAAAAAAACAUAAAAACCUUCUGGUUUAAAAAAAUUAUGCUUGAAAGUCACAUGACAGUUAUUUAUCCAAUCAUUAAAUUCAGUUGACUCUCUGACUUCCUCACAUCCAGUCAAAAAAUGGUUGCACAUAUUGUCAUUACAAAACAACAAACAUUAUUUCCUGGCAAGAAAAUAUUCAAUUAUAAAUUAGUCUUUGAGCAGAAAAAAAGCAUUUAAUAUUAAUAGUAUCAUUCAAUCCAGGAUGCUUGCUGCUCUUAAUUUAAUUUGUCAGUAUGACUAGCGACACUUAAGUCGAGUUUUAUAGUUCCCUGAAAAAACACUCAUUUUGCCAACAUCUAGGAUCCCAAAAUAAAUUUAUUUUGAAACAUGAGCAAGAUGUAGAAUGUCUUGCCAGUUUGCUGUUUUCAUCUUUAUUUUUAAUUUCUAAGUUGUGUUCAUAAAUUCUUCUGGCAAACGUCCUGAUUGUUUUUCCCACAUAGAAACAUUGGUAGGAUUUGCACUGUGCACAAUACACCACUCCAUUAGAAAUACAAUCAAAUCUUUCUUCUGGCCACAUUGAAAAAUUACAGGCAAUGAUGUUGAUCACCAAAGAAUUGUUAAUAAAGCUGCAUUGCUUACAUUUUCUAUAUUUGAAAGUACAAUGAAUCAAAUGUAUGCCGUGAUCAGACUGAUUAUUUUUCUAACAUAGAUUUGAUGUUGAAGGUUCUUUUAUAUGUGUAUAUAGGCUUAUCACCAACAAUUUGUGUCAAUUCAUGAUUUCCUAAAAUGAUUUGUGGCCAAAAGAUAGAAAGCAGCUAGGUUUACAGGAGUAGAUCUAUGUCUGCAAUUUUACUGUAAAUGAAGAGCUUGCAGUAGCACCUGUGCUUUAUCUACAGGUAGGUACACUCUCAUGUUGCAAAGAAUGUAUUAAAGUUGUAACUACUGUCUCAGGAAGCACAGUGUACCUCAAAUGUUUUUAUUAUAAAAUUCAGAAAGAUUCUUUUGCACUCUUCCUGCAAGCUUAGACUACUAUGUUGAUCAGUAAUGUCCUUAUAAUGCAAAUACAACCACAAUAUUCUGUGUUUUAACUUUUUUUUUUGUAUGUUGCUAAAUUAAAACAAGGUUCUUUCUUCUGUAUGAAGUAAACUGGUUUGGAAAUGACUGAAUUAUAAUUUUAUUAAUGUGACACCAAACAUGUUUUCACAGAAGCUUCUUCAUAUACCCAAAGAAGGUGUUAUGAAAACACAUUUAGUAUUGCCUGAUAAAGUUAUAAUUCCAUAACUCCAUAUGCUUCCAUACAAUUUGCUUCAUAUUUACCUAGUUAUAUUUCCACCGGACUUCUUUCAACGUAUCUGAAGUUUUUACUUUUUUUUUUUUUUUAUCUGUUCCACUUCUGCCAAUAAAACAUGCAUCUGUGGCCAGAUGUUACAGUAGAACUGCACACAGUAUGAUGUACUCCUAUUUUUUUAAUUGUACAAUGAUUGGGAUAGUAUUGUGGUACCCUACAGCAGCAAGUUAAACCAAAGUGUUAAGGUUGUUAUUAACAUGACUUUUGAGAUUAGAGCUGGAUAUUUGUGGAAACUUUAUCUGUGUAUGAAAGCAAAAGAGUUCAUCAGUGAAGUGGUUACUGCUGUGGGUUGUCUGGGGGGCACUUUGUAAUGUGUAACAGCUGUAACACUAAACACAUUACUGUAAUAAUUUGUUUUGAAACUCCCCUUGUUUUUAGGAAAUCUAUUCCCAUUAUGACCUAUUAGUAUGGUAGUCAAGAAUGUUUUCUGUUUUUUUCCCCCACCAGUACAGUUAUUCUCUAGGCCCCUCCACUUAUGGUCUGCCAUUCUAUUUCUGUGCAUUUUCUUCAUUCCUCUUUUCAGAACAGUGUGUACCACACUGGGUCUGUAUAAGAAUCAUGAAAACUGACUUUCGCGAAUACAAGUUCAUCGACACAUAAAUGUCGAUGUACUAAAACAGCGAAUUUCAAAAUGCCGAACGUGUUUUCUUGGCAAGCAGGGUGAUCGUGGGGAUGAGGAAAUAAAUCUUUUUCCUCACUGUGGUGCGGUCUCGGAGUUGGUAUAUUUAAGUAGGGGGGUGGGGGUGCAGGGGGGGACUUGCCCCCCUGCACAACCAUUUGAAAAAGUGUUUUACAUUAGGGUUUGUUCACUUAGGUUUACCUUACCUGUAUAGCACUGUUGCUUCUGGGAAUAUGAUCGGCAUUCUCAUUUUCACUUUUUUGUACUUGGACAUUUAUGUGUCAAUGAACUGUAUUCACGAAAGUCAGCUUUCGCAAUUCUAAUAUAGACCCUACCUCACCAACAGUAUACUUUAUCAGGACACAUGUGGAGGUACCUCUGCAUUUACUCUGAUAAAAAAACAUUUUGUGAAGUAUUUAAUAUGUGAAAGAAGUCACUGCAUACAGUUCUCAAAUUUCCCCUCUUUCCCAGCUUCUGAGCUAUCCUCUGAAAUAAUCCCUUUGCCUUUAUAUACUAAUUUAAAAAGUUUUCCUUUCAGCAUAUUUUGUUUCCGUUAGCACUAUCAGCCAACCAUAGUUACCGGUUAUAAUUUCACUGUAUAUGAUCAGAACUUGGAAGCUGUUACUGUACUUGCUUUACCUUUUGUGUAAAAGAGAGUGAUAUUUAAAAAAAAUGUCCAUUAUAUAAAAGAUUAUUUUGACCUUUUGUUCCGCCUUUAUUUUAGGCUUUCUCGAUAGCUUCCGCUCAGGGAAUUUGAGAGGUAUGAUACUGUAGCAUGUCAUUGAUGCGGAUUACCUACAGCUUCUUGCAGAAGCAGCAAGUUGUUGUAAAUCACUUAAUUGUUUUAAAGCAUUGCACUAAAUAUUUAAAAAAAUGAGUGAGGUAAAACAGCUUGCCAGUUCUGCAUCAGGAUGAUAUUCAAAGCAAGAGAGACACACAGACAGACAUCGGGUGAUUCUUAUAGAACAUCCCUGAUAUUACUAAUGAGAUUUUGCAUUUUCUUUGGUAAACCUUCUGAUUUCAUGAUAAUCAAUGAGUAUUACCACAAGUCAGUAAUAUCAGACCUUAAGAGGUCUCAGAGAGCAGAAAAUGCAUGCUAAUGCAAAAUUUAUUGUUCUAUUAACUUUUAAUGUGAACUAGAGUAAGCAUGAAAAAAUGCUUCUUAUUUUGACCCUUUGUUCCCCAAUUAUUUUAGGCUGUCUCCCAAACUCUUGAGCAAAGAAAGUUAAGCAGUAUGCCAAGUUGUAUACAGUAUGCUUGAUUUUACACAAUUUUUUUGCCCUUGUCCCUCAUAAAGUGUUUGCUUUCAUGGUGAAUCACCAGGAUUACACUCAGUCAGUAAUGCCAGACUUUAGAGUAGCUAUAACUGCUGAGUUUGGGGGAUGUCUAUCGAUAUAAAUGUUCAUAUAAUGCACCGCUAACCAGAUGCAUUUUCAAUGAACUUGAGCUUCAAGGGAAGUGGAGUAUACUGUUGCUCAUGCUAAAUUUAUCUUCAGUGCGAGUACUUUUUUAGCAAAUGGCCAUCAUUGUUUUAGCUAUAAAAUUUGCAAUAAAGCUUUUAAAUUAAAUCUCUGUGUAACAACUGUAAUAAGUAAAGACAACAGCAUACACUAUGACAGGUUUGAACAGUAUUUAUUUAUUUUAGUUGGGGAGAGAUAGCAAUGUGAUGGGAUACCAAAAUAGCUGGGGGGUGGCCCAUUACCCUGCCUAGGGCUCCAUCUGACCAUGAUCCAACUCUGAAAGAUGUGGCUUGUACUCCUAAACAGUAUGUGGGCAAGGGCAGUGGACUUUCUCUGAAGAUCACUUUUCAGUACAUGCACUUUUGAAAAUAUUUAGUCAAUAUCAGAAAGGGAAACAAAACCAAAGAACAGCAGGAUGAUUUCAGUGAAACUUGCAUAGCCGCUCAGUCUCUCUCUAACUUACUCCACUUAACCAAACAUUAAUUUAUGCAAACAUCAGAAAUAUCAGAAAUCACUUGAUAGCAUUUGUUUCUAAUCAUUUUAGUUUCAUCUGACAAAAAUAAUACAUGGGAAGUGUGACAAAUAACUCAGCAGUAUCAGGUAAGCAGUUAGUGAAAUUAAUGUCUUGAGAACAAAGCCAAGAAGUCAUCCAUGUGAAAAGACAAAUGCAGUGUAAAGCCACUAGCACUGGUGCAACACUGCUGAUUAAAGUUCAGUAAUGAAUGUGAUGCUGAUGACACUACCAGAGUAACAGAGAUAAUCAGAUGAUUUAGCCAGCUCACUUGCCUCAGUAUUAGUAGAUUUUUUCCAAGACCCACUACAGUCACAUCCAAGAUGGAUGCUGGAGAACCGGCAAUGGGAAUGCACAAGGAAGCAAAGGUAACAAGAUAACUUAGCAUAGCCAGAAAGUCAGGCAAAAGUCUGAGCCGGUCUGCUGUCUAUGUCUAUGGCUAUGUCAUGCUCAUUUUAUGGAGGGGGUUACAGUCAUUGGUUAAGGCUAACAUCUUCAGAAAUGCAGUUGCUCCUUACUAUAUUAACCCUUGGCCCUACCAAAUGAAAUCAGUGUAUCAAGAAGGAGACUAUAGAUAUACAGAUGACACCAGAUUUCUGCCAGCCUAACAUGGAGCUGGAUGCUGGGACUAAAAAACUUAUACAACAAUAACUUGUAAGAUGUAUUUAAUUAUUGAUUUAUUUAUCUUAUGUAAAGUUCACUAGAGCCAAUCUCAGUUUCCAAAAAAUUAACCUAGGACAUUGGAAAGAGCACAUUUUUGCAUUUGGGCAUUGUGGGAGGAAUGUCUAGAUCAGCUGAAAGUACUAAGUUAAUCAGCAUAUGAUUGUUCUGCCUUCUAAAGUGUUUUUGCUAAUCCAGUAGAAUGAGUUAAAUGUUGAAAGGCACUGCAUCUUUAGUGUCAGUGGUCUUUGUUAGCAUUAAACUUGCUACUGUUGGAAUGCUGGGCAUCUAAGAUUAGUGCAGUAGAAGUGUAUCUGAAACAGAACCUAAGCUUCUUUACCAUAUUGUAAUGUAUAAUAUCAAGUUUUACUGGCAUUUUUAGCUUAGAAUAUUAAAAUAAAUCCUUUUCUGCAAAUAAAUGUGAAUGGUUACGAAAACAGUUAACUGCUGUUUUACUCACUUUCUUUGCAAAAGUACUUGCAUUUCUAUGCCUAUGUACAGAACUAUAGAAAAUGUUAACAUGGAUGUUAAUAAUGUGCUUUUUAAAAUAACACUGUUUAAAGAAAACUGCAUUCAUUAUCAUCACUAUCAUUUUAACUAAUCAUUCCAGUCUGUUUAUUGAAAGACUUAAAUUUAAAACGUUAAAAUGAGAAUAUAUGCUAAAGUCAUCAUGUUCAUAUAAUAUUAAUAGGAGCUUUUCUGUUUUGCUUUAGCACAUGGUGUUGCAUAGUUCACAAUUAAAGAUUUAUCCAUUUUGUUAACAGAUUAUAACAAAAUUGUAAAGAAUAAGAAGCAAAAGUACAUUGUUUUCAUUUAAAUUUGCUAUUUAUAUGCACCACUGCAACUUUUUUCUUUCUUUUAAAAAACAUAUAUUAUGCUGGCAACAUAUUUUUAGCAAAUUGGUAAAAAUGGCAAAUUUCUUAUGAUUAUAUGUCAAAUCACAUUACUCUUCUUGUUAAUAUAAAAGUUAAUAGCCUUUGCAAGCAGUGUGAUUAUCUCAAUGUGUUACAGGUGAACACAUUCACAAUGGUUAGAUAAGAACACUGAAACAUUUUUAAUGAAUACAGUACACAAUAAAUCUUGUGCAUAAUUAACUUUGACUUA